AUGAAGUACUAUUCAAUACAAGUAGAUGCCACACCAGACAGCUCUCAUAUGGAGCAGACUACAUUUAUAUUGCGCUAUGUUUUGGAAACAACUACUCAGGAACAAAGAGUUGUUUAUGAAGUAAUCGAACGCUUUGUGACAUUUAUUUCUCUAUCAAAAAAAACUGGAUCAGAUAUUACUUCACUUGUCCUCGAUCAAUUGAGGGUGUGGGAAUUACCAUUAAACAAUUGCCGUGGACAGUGCUAUGAUAAUGGUGCUAAUAUGGCUGGUAAAUACAAAGGUGUUCAAGCUCAAAUACUAGAGUUAAACAAAUAUGCAUUGUUCACACCAUGUGCAGCCCAUUCAUUGAACUUGGUAGGAGCAAAUGCAGCUGAGUGUUGUCCAACAGUUACAACAUUUUUUGGUACAGUACAAAAGCUAUACACCUUUAUGAGUGGUAGCCCCCAGCGUUGGGAAAUAUUGCUUGAGUGUAUACCCUGUUCAUUGCAUGGUCAGUCUCACACACGCUGGUCAGAAAGAAUUGAUGCUGUACGACAAGUUGCUGCCCAUUUGCCGGGUAUCUUACAAGCAAUAGAAAGUGUCUCUAAGCUUAAUUUGUCACCAGAAGCAAAAGUCACAGUGGAUGGCUUGCAUGACUACUUCAAUUCUUUUCUGUAA